UUAUCAAAAGACCUACAGCAUUAAAUAAAAAACAAAAACAAACAAACAAAAACACCUCCUCUAACAGCAGGUGCAUGCGUUGGAGUGUAGGCUGAGAGUAACCUGCAAGGUGCGCGUUACUGCAGGAUCUGAACAAUAUCUAAUACACACACACACACACACACACACACACUGUGGCAGCAUCCUGUGAAAAUAUUAACGCGCUUAAACACGUCUGCGGAAUGAUAGCCUCGAAGAAGACGACAGACUUUUGGAAAAUGAGUUUUUUCCUCGUGAUGUGUCUGGCGGCGCUGGCAGCUUGUGACAACCCUGAAGAGAAACCGGUGAACGCACCUGUGAUCGUUCAUCCUCCUCCUCCUCGAACUGAGCGCGUGGCCGAGUUCCUCAGGUGCACAAAGAGUGCGUGGUGCAUACCGGACCAGUACCUCGUGGUGUUGCAGGAGGGAGCACACGACAGUCACGUGCAGCGGACGGUGAGCACUCUGCGUGCGCAGGCUGCCAGGAGCAGACACACCAUCCACAUCACACACACUUACUCUGGAGCCUUCUGUGGAUUCCUGAUUAAAAUGAGCAGCGAAGUCCUGCCCAUGGCUCUGAAGCUGCCCCAUGUUGCGUACAUUGAAGAGGACUCGUCCAUUUUUGCCCAGGGCAUCCCAUGGAACUUGGAGCGCAUCAUGCAGACGAAGCAUGAGACUGGAAAAUACACACCACCCAAUGAUGGAGCACAAGUGACUGUCUUCCUCCUGGACACUAGCAUUCAGACGAAUCAUCGUGAGAUCGACGGCAAAGUAAUGGUGACCGACUUCAACAGCGUGCCUGAGGAGGAUGGAGUCCGAGUUCACAGGCAGGCCAGUCAGUGUGACAGUCAUGGAACACACAUAGCUGGGGUGUUAAGUGGGCGAGACUCUGGCGUGGCACGUGGGGUUGGUGUGAACACUGUGCGGGUGCUCAACUGUCAGGGCAGAGGCACUGUGUCUGGAGCACUGGCAGGUCUGGAGUACAUCCGUGCAUCUCUGCAGGCCCAGCCAGUCAGGCCUGUGAUCAUACUACUACCAUUUGUGGGGGGGUUCAGUCGCACUCUCAACAUUGCCUGUCAAGAAAUGGUACAUUCUGGUGCAGUUCUGAUAGCUGCUGCAGGGAAUUACCAGGAUGAUGCCUGCAUGUACUCACCAGCCUCGGAACCAGAGGUGAUCACAGUAGGAGCUACCAAUGCUGCUGACCAGCUGCUUAGUUCAGGAACCACAGGUACCAACCUGGGCCGCUGCGUGGAUGUGUUUGCCCCUGGUGAUGACAUCAUCAGCGCCUCCAGUGACUGCCCAACCUGCUUCACCACUAAGCGUGGAACUUCACAGGCAGCUGCUCACGUUGCUGGCAUAGCUGCAGUUCUUCUGAAUGCUCACCCCAGUGCCAGUCCUGCUGAAGUGCUGCAGCUGCUCCGCUAUCACUCAGUCCAGCAUGUGAUAAAUCCAGACUCUCUGCCUCCUGAACACUACCACACUACCCCUGACAUGGUGGCUGCUUUGCCCAAGUCUGCUGCUACAGGCGAGACACUUCUGUGUCGUUCUGUUUGGUCUAAGAGGUCAGGGGUUGGAAGCUUUGACACAGCAGUGGCUCACUGUCGCCGUGGUGAAGAGAUGUUCAGCUGUUCCAGCUACUCACCAAAUGGAGUGCAUGCUGGAGAGAAAAUAGAGAUACGGGAUGGGCAGAAGGUGUGUGAGUCCCAUCACGCCAUCGGAGGACAUGGCGUGUACGCCAUAGCUCGCUGCUGCACGGGCAGCAGGGUGAAGUGCCACGCCAGUGCCAGUCUCCAUGUGGGCGUGGACGCAGAGUGCCCUAGCCAAGAAUAUCAGCUUACAGGAUGCAGCUCUCACUACAUUAGGUCCCACGAUACAGCACAGCCCUCAAGGCUGCUCCAUAGCAACCGUAAAGCAUGUCCUGCCGGAGAAGGUGGGACAUCACACGCCUCCUGUUGCCGUGCUCCGAAUCUGGAAUGCCAUCUGAUUGAAUUUACAAGACAGGUGGAGGUGUCAUGCGAGGACUCCUGGACACUUACAUGGUGUAUUGCUGCGUCACAUGGUUCCGUCACUCAUGGGGCAUACACACGGGGAAAUACCUGCGUGAUCCAGAUGUUUGGAGAACAUAAAGGAACUGCUGCUCUUGCUAUCUGCUGCAGAUUUCGACCUCUUGAUCAACAGAGCAACAAGAACCACGAGCAAAACACCUAAUAAGAGCUUAUUGUUCGGGUCGCUUGGGCCAAUUUCUAAUAAGAGGGUUCUGCGUGUCUGGUAAUCAUGCCAUUCUUUAAAAUACUGUUCCACUCUGGUAUAUUGAACCACUAUGCAUUUCAUUCAUUUUAAAGGAAUUUUUAAGAUAACAAAAUAAGAGUAAUGAAUAAAUACACCAAGAAAAAAAAGUUUCUCAAGGGUUCUUUGUACAGUUAAGAGCUCUUUGCUUCCAAGAGAGACUCUACUGAAAGCAUGUUUUGAUAUGUAGAACUCGACAACAGAGGGUUCAUACAGAGUCUUUCAGCUUUCCCCAUAGGAGCUUAACCUUUUAAACAUUUUCCCCUAAUUGUGUAAUUACACAACAGACAUUUGUCCAAAGGCUAAGGCAAAAUACAGUUCCUAGUGGUGGAAUAUUUUCUGCUAACCGAGCCAUUAAAAUUUUGCUUUGCAAUGAACUAAUACUCAAUUUAUUUACUACUAGUGUACAACUAUUGUAAGCACUCUAAUCUAUUGCUGGUUUCAUUUCGAUAAAUCCUAAUAGUUCUUUACAAAAGGUCGACUACAUUAUUAAUUCUUGCAUGCAGUGAAUGUAAUCUACUAGUUGUCUUUGUAAAAGUGUUGUUCGGACUGGGUUUUUUUUUUUUUUUUUUUUUUAAAUAAUAAAAUGUCUUUGAUUUAGUAAAAUCUUUAACUGUGCGAUUGAGAUGAGUUUAUGCUUACAAGGACACAAAUUAUAAAAUGUUCUGCAUUCCAGUUUUAUUCAUUUUUAUAUCAAAUAGUUCCCAUAAUCAAACUCUGAUUUACAAAUUAAAAUGUGGUUCGAACAUGCAUUUUUGAAUUCUGACCUUCCACACACACACACACACUCACACACACUCGGCAGAGGUGCAAGUAAUAAAACCAUUUAAGUGUCUCCAGCUCAACAUUGUGUGUAUAAAAAAAGAAAAGGAAAAAACAAACAAAACAGGCUCAGAAGAGGGGACCAUUAGUAUACCGAAUGGAAAUACAAGAGAAUCAAAGUGUUUUGGUGUGUCUUCUUUACUCAAGCCUGUAACUGGAGCAGUUCUUCUUUUGUUUUCAUUCCUAUUUGGCCAAAUUUAAUUAAAAAAAACAAACAAAAAAAAAGAUCCAGUGUUGAGUGACAUUCAAGAAUUUGUCCAAUCCUGGGGAUGAUGCAAGCUCAUUGUUUGAAGGGACAGUCUGAUAAAGGAAGUCGGAAGCUGAAAACAGGUCCACAUUACCGCUGAAAAAUGACCAGCCAUUCUAAAAGGAGAUUGAAAUAUGUGAUUUCAGCAUCAGAUUAUCCAAAACCCGGGGGAAAAUGAAAAAGCUGAGUUCACCUGACCUAUGCUGUUAUAAUGAUUUAACUACAGUGGAUAUCUGUAGUCUGUCGAUUGUUUCGAGAAAGAGCAUGGGUCAUAUGACAUCGCGAGAAGAAGACUCUCCAAUUGUUUCGUGGUGAUUGUAAAUCACUCCAAAACACAUUUCCCCAAAGAUUAAUGUCAAGGUUUCACACUUACAUUCACAAACACAUGCAUAAGCGAAGAAACACACUAACAAUGACUGGUGACACUGG